AAAUCGGUUUGUCGAUUCGCACGUUGGUGGCGAGUGGCGCUGGUGUGUGUUGAAUCGACGAACUUCACGGAGUCGAAUCGACGGUUCGCUGGAAUCGACGAGUGGGGGAAUCGCGGUCAGCUGUUCUUCGGUUGAGGCGCUUUCCCUGACCCCCGGCCGUGAAAGGGAGCGACGGCGGCGGCGGUGGCCAUGGAUAUCUUGGGUCGCCUGGUGAGGGGGGCCCUGUCGGCCGUGGCGCCGGGCCUGGCGGGCCCCCUGCAGGCUCGGGAGGUGACCCUGGCCGACUACCGCGGCCUGGAGGCCGUGGCGCGGGAGGGGAGUCUGACGCUGAUGCGACUCGCCGGCUCCUGGGACGGCCUCCUGCAGCCGGGGCCUGGGGCCACGUCGGCACUCAGAUUGUUCCGCGUGUCCGGCGAGCCCGAGGCGCGCCGCCUGUUCGCGCUGCUCGCCGAGCGCGUCCUGCCGCUGGUGAGCGGCGGCGCCGGCGGCGCGGUGUGGCCGGGCGGCGCCGGCGCUGGGCCGGCCGCCUCGGCGCAGCGCGUGCUGGACGCCCUUCGCGAGCACCCCGAGUGGACGGCGGCGCACCUGGCGGCGCACGUCGGCCUGGUGCACGCCUUCCGGCACAACGCCGUCCUCAGGGACGUGGAGAGCGGCGCCGGCGGAGCGACGCCGCUUGUGGUGGCGGUGAGCGCCGGGGAGCUCGCCUGCGCCUCCGAGCUGCUGGCGUGCGGAGCGCGCGUCGACACGCGGGACGCGCGCGGGGACACGGCACUGCACCUCGCCGCCCGCCGCACCGACCCCGCCCUCCUGCAGUGUCUGUGCGAGGCGGCGCACGGCACGCUGGACGGGCCCAGCGGCGCCGGCGAGACGGCGCUGCAGGAGGCCUGCCGGCUGGGCCGCGAGGACGCCGCUCGCGUCCUGCUCCUCGCCGGGGCCGGCACGGCGGGGCCCGGCACGGGGGGGCCCGGUGCGGGGGGGCCCGGCGCGGGGGAGCACGCGGUGCACACCGCCCUGCGGCACGACCAGAUCGGCUGUGUGGAGCUGCUGCUGGAUCUGCGCGAGGAUCAGCUGGACGCACGCGACGCCAAACACGGAGGCUCGCCCAUGCACUGGGCCCGCAGCGCACAGGCGGUGCGUCUGCUGGCGGCGCGGGGCGCUGCGCUGGAAGCGCGCAGCCGCAGCGGGGACGCGCCGCUGCACGCGAUGGCGCGCAAGCGGCGGCACGAGGCGGCGCUGGCGCUGCUCACGCAGGGGGCGCAGGCGGAGACACGCGGCGCUCACGGAGACACGCCGCUGCACAUCGCCAUGCGGCUGGACCAUCUGGAGAUGAUCAAACCGCUGAUCGUGUUCGGAGCUCAGAUGGAUUCCACCAACGACGACGGAGAGACCCCCGGGCUCCUGCUGGCUCGCAACAGCAGCGGUGGGAACCGCCCCGUGCUCAUGGAGAUGCUGCACAGCGUGGGGGUCACGCGGUGCUUCCCUCCCGGGUCGGCCCCCCCGGCCUCGCCCGCCUCCUCGGCGUCGACCAGGCCCGGGAUCCCGGCCCGGCCUCCCCCGCCCAGGCAGAGACCGCCGCGGCCCCUGGGCUUUGAUGACGUGGUCGCCAUGGCGACGGUGAUGGCUCCCAUGCUGGACGUGACGGACGGGCCGCCCCCUCAGCAGCGGCGUGAGCGCGUGCUGAGCCUGGACGGCGGAGGGAUCCGCGGCCUGGUCCUCAUCCAGAUGCUGCUGGCGCUGGAGAGGGAGAGCGGCCGCCCCGUGCGGGAGCUCUUCGACUGGGUGGCGGGCACCAGCACGGGCGGCAUCCUGGCGCUGGGCAUCGUGCACGGCAAGUCGCUGGGCGAGCUGCGGGCGCUGUAUUUCCGCAUGAAGGACGAGGUGUUCCGGGGAGGGCGCCCCUACGACUCGGCGCCGCUCGACAGCUUCCUCAAGCGCGAGCUCGGCGAGCACACCAAGAUGACGGACGUCACGCACCCCAAGGUGUUGGUGACGGCUGUUCUGGCAGAUAGACACCCGGCAGAGCUGCACCUCUUCCGUAACUACACACCGCCAACAACAACCACUACCACACCGCCAGCCUCACCCUGCCACUCGCCCAGCGAGACGUUCCAGGCGCUCACCCCUCCCAGCGAGCAGCUGGUGUGGCGUGCGGCGCGCAGCAGCGGGGCGGCCCCCACCUACUUCCGCCAGAUGGGGCGCUUCCUGGACGGGGGCCUCCUGGCCAACAACCCCACGCUCGACGCACUCACCGAGCUGCAGCAGCACCGGGCGCAGCAGCAGCAGCAGCAGCAGCAGCAGCAGCAGCAGCAGCAGCAGCAGCAGCAGCAGCAGCAGCAGCAGCAGCAGCAGGGUUGCGCGGCCCCGCUGCGGGCCGUGGUGCUGUCGCUGGGCACGGGGCGGCCCCCGCGGGAGCGCGUGAGCUCGGCGGACGUGUUCCGCCCCACCAACCCCUGGCAGCUGGCGCAGAGCGUGAUCGGAGCGCGGGAGCUGGGCCGCCUCAUGGUGGACUGUUGCACGGACGCGGAGGGGCGCCCUGUGGACCGGGCCCGGGCCUGGUGCGACUCCCUGCAGGUUCCCUUCUUCCGGCUGAGCCCGCAGCUGCGUGAGGACGUGGCGCUGGACGAGGUGCGCGAUGCGGUGCUGGUGGACGCGCUGUGGGACACGCAGGUCUACCUGCACUCGCAGCGCGCACAGCUCGCCCGCCUCGCACGACUCCUCACCGCCGACACGGACGCCCCGUGACCUCACCGCUGCCACCAAAUCCCGGUGACCUCGCCAGCGCCACCGACUCCCCGCGACCUCGUCGCUCGCCUCGCCCACCACCACCACCCACACUCGUGCCUCGUCAUUGCACCCCAGAGCCCCGUGACCUCUCACCUCUCACCUCUCACCUCCCCUCUCCUCCUCACCUCCUCACCGGACACCCUCAUCCGUCACGUGACCAUGCAACUACUGCUGUGGGCCGCCAGUGCAGCGCGCGGUGGCAGCAAGGGUGGUGCUGGUGGUGGUGGUGCUGGUGGUGGUGGUAGUGCUGGUGGUGCUGGUGGUGCUGGUGGUGCUGGUGGUGCUGGUGGUGCUGGUGCAGAGGUCGCAAAUAGGUUUUGAUUCCUUACCCGUACCCGGCCGCACCAGGGUCGCAAACGGAUACCCGUACCCGGCCGUACCCGUACCCUACCCGUACCCAGCCGGGUACAGGUAGGGUACGGGUAUCGGGUACCUGAUUGCGACCUCUGUGCUGGUGCUGGUGGAGCUGGUGGUGGUGGUGCUGGUGCCGGUGGUGGUGGAGGGGGGGGGUGCCACCCAUCUUGUUUUCCCCAGGGGGUUGUCUCCUCGUCGUGGAGGAGGCAGCAGCUCCGCUCCCGGGAGAUCUCUGCCUCCUCCCGGGAGACCUAAAGAGGGUUUUUGUGCCGAGGGUUGGCAAAUCACUCGCGCGCCAGCUCCUGGAAUUCCCAACAGGCGAGCCCCUGCACAAAGGGCGCUAGCGGAACCGGCGGCACCGCCGGCAAUGAAUUGCCCAAGUUCUGCGGUCCCGUGCUGUGGUUGCGCGGCCAGCCCCAUUCGUCACGUGCGCCGGGGAAAAUCCACGCCUUGCGCGAGGGGAGCAACGCUCUAUCCCCGCGCUGGAGAUAGAUUAGUCCACGCACUUUUCCGUCCGCGUCUGUCCCCUCCUCGACGCCCACCCACGCGUAGAAGGGUGGGGAGUUCCACAGCCCCAUCCGCGUGCGAUCCAUCAACCCUCGCCGCUGCCUCCACGGCAGAGGUCGCAACCGGGUACCCGAUACCCGUACCCUACCCGAUACCCGGCUACCCUACCCGAUACCCGUACCCUACCCGAUACCCGUACCCUACCCGAUACCCGUACCCUACCCGAUACCCAGCUACCCUACCCGAUACCCGGCUACCCUACCCGAUACCCGUACCCUACCCGAUACCCGCACCCUACCCGAUACCCGGCUACCCUACCCGAUACCCGUACCCUACCCGAUACCCGGCUACGGGUACGGGUAGCCGUUUGCGACCCUGGUGCGGCCGGGUACGGGUAGGGAAUCAAAACCCGUUUGCGACCUCUGCCCCCCGCCCGCAGCCCCCCGCGAGUUUGGCGGCAGGAAUGAAGCCGCCCUCCGUGGCCGCCGUGAGCCCGUGAGGGUGACCGUGGCAUUAUGGGUAGAUCCCUAAUCUGAUGGAAGCCCCUCCACCUCCGCUCACUUGACACUCGUCACUCGGCCGGCCGAUCGGCUGAGCCGCGGUGAGCUGACGCGCGCCGGGGGGGGCCGGGGGGGGGGGGGCGACGGGGGAGGGAGGGGGGUCAGGGCGGGGGGCACUGUCCCCUCUCCGUGGGGGGGGGGCGGUGUUUGUGUGACGUCACCGCUGCGCACCCGCGAGACCCGAGACCCUUGGUUUCAGGUCGUGGACCGGCGGUCCCUGGCCUCCUCCUCCUACCCCUAGAUCGACUCGGCCUUAAUUCUCUACCUGGCGUGGUGCGUAGUAAAGUAAACGUAAGUGAAGUGUAAAAAAAAAACUUGAUCAGAACUGGGGAGACAAAGGCGGCCGGGUGUGGUGCUGGCCACGGAACCCCUCGUGCGUUGUCUCAGCUGCUACGCGCUAAAACAGCACUUGCCCCAAGACCCUGUGUGGGCUACACGGGAAGGGGUGGAAUCUUUGUCUUUGCUUGUGUUGUUGUUGUGGUUGUUGUUGUGUGUUUAUUCAAUUGUUGCUAAUAAUUGUUUAUUUGAUUUUGUGUUGCCCGGCGAAAAUCUGCUGCAGAUGUGUGGAAUAGCGGGUGAGUGGGCGGAUGGGUUGGGUGAGUUGUAGAUUGGUGGAGGGGUGAGUUGUAGAUGAGUAGGUGAGCGGGUGAGCGAGUGAGCGGGUGAGCAAGUGAGCGGGUGAGCGGGUGAGCGGGUGAGCGAGUGAGCGGGUGAGUUUGGCAGCUGGGUUGUGGGCGAGCGAAUGAAGAACAUGGUUGUUCGCGUGGGUGGAUGAUUGCGAGUAGGAGUGGGUGAGCGGGUGGGUGAGCGGGUGGGUGAGCGGGUGGGCGAGUUGUGAGUAGGUGGGUAAGUUGCGCAGAAUGGAGGAGUCUCGUGAAGGACGCUGCUACUACUGGGCAGUUGGAGGCAGUCGACCUCCAACAACAACGGAGGGCAGAGGAGCGACGCUCACAACAACGAGUGGAGCACCGGGCGGCUAAAAUGCAGCAAGUUGACACAGUUGGGGGUACAGCUGGCAGUGCAUCGGCCACUCAUCUGAGUCGGCCAACCCAUUGGCACCUGCUGGGUCUGUCCCGUGACCUUCCGUCAGCGAGCCUUCGGCACUUGACGUGGCCUCAAAGUGCACCUGGCCUGGCACAGUCAAUAUUGGCAUUGAGUGCACACAGAUGAGUGGGUGAGUAGGUGGGUGAGUGCACACAGAUGAGUAGAUAGGGUGGGUGAGUAGGUGGGUGAGUGCACACAGGAGUAGAUCGGGUGGGUGGUGGGUGAGCGGGUUACGUAGCGAGUGAGCCGGUUGGCUGGGUGAUCGUGCGAGCGGCGAAUUUUUUUUUUUUCAACCCUCUUUCAUUCCUCCCGGACCGCCCGUGCCGUGUCGUGCCGACGAACGCCACGGGCCUCGCGUGUUCUCCUCCUACACCUCGCCUGAAUAAAGCUCCGGUACAUCGCAGCAGUUUCAGCA